GUCAACCUAUUUGGCCAACAUAAAAUGACAGAAAUGGAGUGAUCCUUUCAAGGGAAACAGAUUUCCAAUUUCUCUGCACUAACAGAUUCUAAGGAAAUUGAAACUGGGUUGCUGCAACAAUGGGCGUGCAUGCUGGUUCUUCAUCACAUCAACUCAAAUCUCUUGAGAUGGUGAAACACGUGAUCGACAUUGGAGUCCCAGAAAAGCUAAGGUUGUCUGAGCAUAGCAUCUACAAGGUUCCAUGCAAUCUCCGAGAUGUGAAGAAGGAUGCAUACACUCCUUACUGCAUCUCAAUAGGCCCAAUUCACUUAGAAGGAGAAAACCUCAAAACAAUGCAAGAACACAAGCUGAGAUACUAUCAAUUCUUCUGGGAUCGUGUGUCAAACGAAGAAGCCAUGGAGAGCUACAAACACUACCUCCAGAACAAAGAACAAGAGAUUCGACGAUGCUAUUCGGAGAAGUUCACAUUGUCCACAGAGCAAUUCGUAGACAUGAUGCUGUUGGAUGCUGCGUUCAUCAUGGAGCUUUUCUUGAGAAACUGUGAGCCGAAAUCACAAUCGCUUCCAGACAGUGAUGAUCUCAUCAUGAAACAGUCCUGGCUCGCCCGGGACAUCGCCAGGGACCUGAUCCUUCUGGAAAAUCAAAUACCCUUUUUUGUUUUGUUGGAACUCUACGAAAAGGUUGUCCCAGAUUACCAACGUAAGAAAGAACACACUGGCUUUGUCGAUCUUGCGUUCGAGUACUUUGCAUUCUAUGACCCUCAGAUGUGGCCUUUUUCUAAUAACCAAGAAACCAAGAAAGGAAAUUUCUGUUGCUCCAAGGAACCUUGUAAACCAAAGAGCAUAGGUAGCAGCUUGAAGGAUGCGGAACCAAAACACUUCACCGAUCUGAUAAGGUUCUCGUACCUUCCCACUAAUAAAAAAAAAGGGCAAGCUUCUGAUCAUGUUCCAAGAACUGCAACAAAGUUGCAAGACUCAGGAGUGUACUUCGAGAAAGGUGGUGGGAAGGGAAAGCUACUGGACGUAACCUUCGAGAAGAAAAAAAUUCUGAGUCUGUGUCUUUGUUUUGGUUGUAUGCAAUGCUUGAACCACUUCAAGGCACGUUUGAGGAUACCCCAGUUGAAGGUGGACCACAACACAGAAUGUCUGUUCAGGAACCUCAUUGCCUUUGAGCAGUGCCACUACCCUGAUGAGACUAAUUACAUCUGCAACUAUGUCUCUCUCAUUGAUUCUCUGAUACAUACUCAGCUUGAUGUGGAGUUGCUGGUUGAAAAGGAAGUGAUUGUUCAUGAGUUGGGGAGUCACAAGGAAGUGGCAUCUCUUGUGAAUGGUUUGUGCAAACAUGUUGUGACAAACUCAACCUGCUACUAUGUCACCAUAAAGGAUCUGAACGAUCAUUACAAGAACAAAUGGUACCACACCAUGGCUUCGUUGAGGUUGGUGUACUUCAGAGACCUUUGGAGAACAAGUUCCACUGUUGUCGGGAUUGCUGUGCUCAUUUUUGCUGUCUUCCAAUUCCUACGAGCUCUUCGUGCUCUCUUCAAAAUGUAAGUUUUUGGAUUAUUAUUGCAAUUUUUCUUUUCAAUAAGUGUCGUUUGCUUUCAACUUUUUUGAAAACUUUCAAGUUUGGACAUCUUCCAUUGAAUAAAAAGAUGUUUGUGACAGUUUGAAACGAUUACAUUAUAUUUGACUUAAAAGUCGUAUCAACAUGAAACAAUGUUUUUGUUUUCAUAAGAUCAAAUUUAAUGAAAUCGUUUCAAACUUACUCGAUUUGGUAUUGCUGUGCGUGUAACUUUAAUCUCCUCAGAAUGUAAGUUUUUGGAUUGUUGUUUCAUCGUGUCGUUCAUUUGGUA